CUUUCCUAGAUUAUUCCAACUAAUUCGGCCCUGUACUAACGGUACCCGAUUCACGGUUAUUGUGAUAAAAGGCUACUUCACGUGAAGAAGUAAACCACAUUUAGUUGAGCGGUCAUAAAAAAGUCGCGCACAAUGCAGGAUCCCAACGAAGACACUGAGUGGAAUGAUGUUCUACGAGCUAAAGGAAUCAUACCUCAAAAAAAAGAAAAGGAAAUCACCGAAGAUGAGAUCAUUAACAUGCUCGAGAGUACUAUAGAGGAAAAGCAAAAGGGUAAAGACUUAUCCAAGCUGGAUCUCGAUGAGCUAGACGAAUUAGAGGACUCGGAAGACGAAGACGUGUUGCAGCAAUAUCGCUUGAAACGCUUGGCGGAAAUGCAAGCGGCAGCUAGCCGAGCCCGUUUCGGAACGGUACGCGAAAUAUCUGGACAGGAUUAUGUUGACGAGGUAACGAAAGCCGGCGAGGGCAUCUACGUAGUACUGCACCUGUACAGUCGAGGAUUGCCAUUGUGCGCGCUUAUCAACCAACACCUCACGCAGCUGGCAAUGAGUUUUCCGAUGACCAAAUUCGUUCGGGCGAUUGCAACCACAUGUAUUGCCAACUAUCCCGAGCGUAAUGUCCCAACAAUUUUCGUGUACUAUGAGGGCCAGCUAAAGAAACAGUUUAUCGGCCCGAUCGAGCUUGGUGGACCGAAUCUAACGUGCGACGAACUGGAGUACAUGCUCGGACAGGCAAAGGCGAUAGAGAGCAACAUCAAGGAGGAUCCGCGAGCAUCGAAAAAAGUUAAAGAUAAAAUGUUUGCCGAGCUGUCGGACAAUAACGACUGGUAGAGGAGACAGCAUUUCAAUAUAACUUAUCAACCAAAUACAACUGAAGCUUAUUACAGAAGAGACAAUCGUUUCUUUGCACACUUUUUCAAAGCUGUCUAUACGAUUCAACUUUCAUUUAGUUCGUUGUCAUUGUGUUUGAAAUAUUACAGUUAAACGCACGCAGCACAGGACGACUUUAGUUAUAUUUUACAGUUCUUGUACCAACCUUCGCUCACAAUUGUAUUUUCUCUUUAACAAUAUGCCACUAUAGUCAGUGUCCUUAACAAAAUACCUUCUACCAUCAGUUUUAUUCGUGAGUGUGCUGCUGUGGCUUCAAUAUGCAGCACGGUUCACAGCUGUUUCACCAACUUCUCUCUCUUGCUGGCCAAAAGAACAUUUUCUUCGAAACUUCUCGUCGUAAUUUCAUCUGUUCCCCCCUUCACGUGCUGCUGCAUGUCGCAAAGCUGCACCCUCAGGGACAUGCACGGCACACGUACAAUGCCACCCCGUUCAACUUAACCUUCCCUAUCGCUUACAUACUUACACAGUAGCACACAAACACACAUAUAUCGUUGGCCAAAACUUUGAAAGAGCAUUCAUUUUCCGUAUCUUGCGUGUAAGGUUGCUUCCUAAUUUGCCUCCAAAGGAUACACAUAACUCUACUCGACUACGGUU